UUUUUUACCUUCUUUUCUCAAGAAUGGCCAAAAGAAUCUGAAAAAAAUCUUUGUCUCCUUGAAACGUCUAAAAAUGGAUUAUCAAGCACACACAUUAAAAAAAACGAAGCUCUUUCUGGUUUCAGUCUUCAAAACUGCAGGCACAGCAUCCCAGUGUUCUGCCAUCCAUCAUUUUACCAUGACACUGAUUUUUUGGGAGAAGAACUGGACAUCGUUUAUGUGAAAGGGCAUGAAACGUGCCAGAAAAUAUGUACCAAUAGCAUCCACUGCCAAUUUUUUAUCUAUUCUCCAUCUCAAGAAUCCUGCAAGGGUAAAUGUUACUUAAAACUGUCUUCCAAUGGAUUGCCAACUAAAAUACUUCAUGGGAGAGGAGGCAUCUCUGGAUACACAUUAAGGUUAUGUAAAAUGGAUAAUGAGUGUACGACCAAAAUCAAGCCCAGAUUUGUUGGAGGAACAGUGUCUGUUCACAGUGAAUGGCCAUGGCAGAUAACUUUGCACAUCACAUCACCCACCCGAAGACACCUGUGUGGAAGUUCCAUCAUCGGAAACCAGUAGAUAUUAACAGCUGCUCAUCGUUUUGACCAGGUAAAUUCAGCCAAAAAUUUGCAUGUCUACAGUGGCAUUUUAAAUCAAUCAGAAAUCAAAGAGGAUACAUCUUUUUGGGGGGUUCAAGAAAUAAUAAUUUAUGCUCAAUAUAAAAUGGCAAAAAGUGGGGAUGAUAUUGCCUUGUUGAAACUGGAAACAACAAUGAAUUACACGGAUUUUCAACGACCCACUUGCCUUCUGAAAGAAAGAGAAAUAUAUUCUGAUUGCUGGAUGACUGGAUGGGGUACAGAAAAUUAA